CUGCAUAACUGAGAAUUAUUAAAUUGAAACUGAGGAACAGCAUAGCUAAAGCAAAACAGCUAGAGUGAAGAACUAUUAGCUGGUAAUAAUCAUCAAGGCAGCCACAUCAGGCAGAGAUCUCUUCUCCCACUCACCCUUCAUUGCAUCCCCUGCAUUUUCCAAGACAGAGAGCAAAUCAUGUUCUCCAGAUUAUGGUGGCUUUUAUUUCUGCUGGACCACCAUCCAUCUGUGGCACAAAACACCAAUGAAGAAAAGAGAAAUGGAGUAAGAAAACAGAAGCCAAAAGCUUUCCUGUCAAAUGCAGUGGAAAAAUAUCCCAGUUCAAGUGAUCAAGAUGAAGACUGCAUUCUGGAAAUGGCUUUCCUCUUGGACAGCUCAGAGAGUGCCAAGAACUUCAACCAUGAACAGCAGAAAAAGUUUGUUUUGGAAACAGUGGACAGAAUGAAUGGACUGCAACUCACCUCUGGCCGCCACCUGAGCUGGAGGAUAGCUUUGCUUCAGUACAGCAGCACUGUCCUCAUAGAGCAAACAUUCAAAGAUUGGAAGGGCCCAGAUUCUUUUAAGUCCCGUAUUGCUCCCAUAACAUACAUCGGCCAUGGUACUUAUACCACCUAUGCCAUCACCAACCUCACACAGCUCUACAUGACUGAAGGAACUCAUGGUAGCGUAAAAGUAGCUAUCCUGUUGACUGACGGAGUGGAUCAUCCAAGAAACCCUGAUAUUUUUUCAGCUACGGCUGAUGCUAAGCAUCAAGGUAUCGUGUUCUUCACAGUGGGAAUGACCAGAGUAGCUGAGGAGGUGGCCAAUGCUGCCAAGCUCCGGCUCCUGGCCAGUGUUCCAGCAUCCAGGUUUGUCUUCAAUCUGCAGGAGAAAGGAGUUGUGGAGAAAAUUCUCAAAGAAAUGAAAGAUCUGGUAGAAGAAGGGUGUCCCCAGCCUCCUAUAUGUAACUGUGAAAAGGGCGAAAGGGGUGUUCCUGGCCCUGCUGGUAAAAAGGGCCGUCCUGGUGAUGAUGGAGCUCCUGGGCCAAAAGGAGUAAAGGGAGAGCCAGGCCUAAAUGGAAUUCCAGGAAGAGAUGGAACUGAGGGAAAGUCUGGCUACAAAGGGGAAAAGGGUGAAAGAGGUGAAUGUGGAACACCAGGAAUAAAAGGUGACAGGGGUCCAGAAGGUCCAGGUGGUCCAAGAGGUCUCCGAGGUCUUCAGGGUCCCCAGGGCCUUCCCGGAGAUCAAGGACCUGAGGGGGUGCAGGGAUCAAAGGGUGAAAGAGGCCUACCUGGCCCUCCUGGGUUGACUGGAGAAACUGGAAUAGGAUUGCCUGGCCCAAAGGGUGACAUUGGUUUGACAGGAAGACCAGGCCCUGUUGGCCCACCAGGAGUUGGAGAACCAGGUUUACUGGGACCUCCAGGACCACAAGGUGUUCAAGGAGAAAGGGGUUCUCCAGGUGAAGGGCUUCCAGGACCAAAGGGAGAUCGUGGCUUUGAUGGUCCAAAGGGACCCCGGGGCCAACCAGGCAUUGGCAUCAAGGGUGAAAAGGGAGAAAUUGGCCCACCUGGUUUGCCUGGACCUAUUGGAUUACCUGGUGUUGGAAUUCAAGGAGAAAAGGGAGUAGAAGGCCCCAAAGGACCACCAGGACCAAGAGGACCAACUGGACAAGGGGUACCUGGACCAAAAGGUGAUCAAGGUUUGCCAGGAGAAACUGGAGCCCCUGGAGAAAGAGGUCUUGGAGAACCUGGUGCAAAGGGUGAGCCAGGUUCUUCAGGACUGGCAGGAUUGCCUGGCCUUCCAGGAGAAGAUGGAGCACCUGGACAAAAGGGAGAACCGGGUUUGCCUGGACUCCGUGGCCCAGAAGGUGCUCCUGGAAUUGGAAUACAGGGUGAAAAGGGUGAUCAAGGUCAAAGAGGUAUACGUGGAUUAUCAGGACCAACUGGAAUCCCUGGACCAGCAGGGGCUAAGGGUGAACCUGGUGCGCCAGGGCGUCUCGGAAUGCCAGGUCUUCCAGGACGAGCCAUUAUGGGACCGAAGGGUGAUAUUGGAUUGCCUGGACCUCCUGGCCCCAUUGGAGAACAGGGCAUAGGGAUUCCGGGGGCUAAGGGUGACCGUGGACAUCCAGGACCACCUGGACCAUUCGGACCUAAAGGAGAUGGAUAUCUGGGCCCACCUGGUCUUCCAGGUCUUCCAGGAGCUCCUGGAGAGCAAGGUCCUGAAGGGAUUGGUUUACCUGGACCAAAGGGUGAUCCAGGUGUGAGAGGGCCAGUUGGUCUCCCAGGGCCAUCAGGGGAAGGUCUUCCAGGACCAAAAGGCAAUGCUGGUCGGCAAGGGCCACCUGGAGCUUUGGGGGCCCCAGGGGAAGGUAUCCAAGGACCAAAGGGUGAGCAGGGAAUUCAAGGAAUGCCAGGACCUCGAGGGCCUCCAGGAGAAGGGCUUCUUGGACCAAAGGGUGACCGUGGAGCUGCAGGUGAAAGAGGAAGAAAAGGCGAGAAAGGCAACAUGGGUGAUCCUGGUUCAGCUGGAGAUCCUGGCAAAACUGGACCAAAGGGAGAACAAGGCCUUACAAGAGAAGAUAUCAUUAAAUUAAUUAAGGAGAUCUGUGGAUGUGGUAUUAAAUGCAAGGAGAUACCUAUGGAGCUUGUGUUUGUGAUUGACAGCUCUGAAAGUGUUGGCCCAGAAAAUUUUGAAAUAAUCAAAGACUUUGUUACUGCUUUAGUAGACCGAGUAACUGUAGGGAGAAAUGCUACCAGAAUUGGGCUUGUUCUUUACAGUCUGGAGGUUCGUCUUGAAUUUGGACUUAACAGGUAUACGACCCAGCAGGAUGUGAAGCAAGCUAUCAGGAAAAUGUUAUAUAUGGGAGAAGGUACUUACACGGGAACUGCCAUCCGCAAAGCAACCCAGGAAGGAUUUUUUGGGGCUCGAACUGGCGUGAGGAAGGUUGCCAUAGUCCUCACAGAUGGCCAAGCAGAUAAGAGAGAAGCAGUUAAGCUGGAUAUUGCUGUCCGAGAAGCUCACGCAGCCAACAUUGAAAUGUAUGCCAUUGGAAUCGUAAACACUUCAGACCCAACACAAGUUGAAUUCUUGCGUGAGCUGAAUCUAAUUGCAUCCGACCCUGACAGAGAACACAUGUACCUCAUAGAUGAUUUUAAUACUCUUCCAGCGUUGGAAUCCAAACUUGUUAACCAGUUUUGUGAAGAUGAACAUGGUGCCUUAAUAUAUAACCGAAUGGGAAAUGGAGGAAGUAUAAAUGGGCCAUCAAUUCACUCAAUAUCUUCUCGUUCUUCACAAUACUUAUUGCAUGCUAACAGUCACAAUGGAUAUGAGAUAUCUGUGAAAGAGAAUUCUGUAAAUCCUGGUCAACCUUCUCAACCAUUAAUUCCGGACAAAGAAUCACCCAGGAUAUUUCAUGAGAACUAUGAUGUGGGACCUGUUGGAGAUGAUCUCCCAUUCUUGUCUCCAAUUAAUAACAAAGUUACAUCAGCAGUGCCAUCAACUUCAACACCUUCAUCACCACCACCACCUCUGCCAUCUCUAACAACAGAAAAGAUGCUGUCACCAUCCCAUUUAUCAACUUCUUCUGCAGCACCUGCACCAAAGCCAGAAAAUAUCCUGAGUUCUCCACAGUGUAAAUUGAGAUUAGAUCAAGGACCAUGCCGUGUAUAUAUAAUAAAAUGGUAUUAUGAUAAGCAAGCCAAUUCCUGUGCUCAGUUUUGGUAUGGUGGCUGUGAUGGAAAUGAUAAUCGCUUUGAAACUGAAGAAGAAUGUAAGAAGACAUGUGUAUUUUUCUCUGGAGAUGUCUGAAGAAUAUUAAGAGAGCUAUGUAUCAACCAGAAAUUCACAGGACUCUUUUUAGUGCAAAAAGAGGAGUUUAUGUACGUUGUUUUAAAAUGUUGUACUUAAUAAGAGGACAAGUCACUAUCCUCAAACCGCUUAUUCUUGUGUAGUCCUAUGAAAGUCAUGGGACAGUCUAUAUCCUACUGCUGAAUUCAAAAGAUUAUAUGCCAACAGUGUUUGCUCACUUAACAGAGUUGUGUAUGCUUUGUCUAAAGUAAUACUGCACAAAACCCCCAAAAGGUUGAUCUUAUUAUGCCUCCUGACUACCAAAAAGAUCAAUGGCCCAUUCAAAAGGGCAAACAGGUACAGCAUUUCUUGUUUUACUGCAUACGUUAAUUCAUAUAUAUUCCCGACAAAGUGAGAAAUAAAAUCAGAGAUGGGAAGUCACUUUUCAGACACAGAGCAACAAGGAUUCACUCAGGAAAACUUGAUGAAGACUAUAGGGAAGCAGGAAGCUCAAAUCAAGUGUCUUGAUUUAAAAGUACUUGAUGUGGUUCAUUCCUUGGACACUCAUCUUCUCAAUACAUAUGACUGGGAGAAGGUAGUAAAAACUUACCAUUGAUACAAAACCCAGCUAGUGCAAACUUGGUUGAGUAUUAUGCACAUUCUAGAAAGGGAUUUACAGAGUUAUUUGAUUCUGAAAGCCUAUUACAGUAUUUCCUUCGUUUAACAACUCAGUACAAAAUGAAGCCUAAGGUUACUGAUAUUUUUUUUAGACUUGAGUGUAUCUAAAUCCACACAGGAUUGGACAAAUUACCAACCUGGAGUUUACUCAUCCCUCUCCAAGAAUUUUGGAAGGAGUGGAGAUUUAUCUCUCUUCAGGCCAAGUUAUGUAUUGUCUUAGAAUAUAUCUAGUUAGAUACCUAGAUAACACAUAGUUCCAACCUUAUGUAUCUAGGAAGCUGCCAGAUACUUGGUCAGCAGUUCUUAAUCUGGAGUCUAUAGGACUCCUACAGGUCCCUUAGUGGGUUUCAAGAGGUUAACAGACUGGGUGCAAAAAAUGAUUAUCAUUUACUUCCUUCCUGUUACAUUUAAUUUUUCUUGUCAUUGUGAAUUGAAAGAUAAAAACCUAUUAUUUU